GGCUGAAGUCCGCCGGGCGCAACGCAAGGCAGGAGGAGGAGACACCCUGGUGGAAGCACGUGACCUGGGUCUGGAGCCGGAAGCUUCCAAUCUGGUAGGGAGCGCCCCCAUCACCUAAGGCAGCGAUGACUUCUGCACUGACCCACGGGCUGGAGCGAAUUCCUGAUCAGCUCGGCUACCUGGUGCUGAGCGAAGGCGCAGUGCUGGCGUCAUCUGGGGAUCUAGAGAAUGAUGAGCAGGCAGCCAGCGCCAUCUCUGAGCUGGUCAGCACAGCCUGCGGCUUCCGGCUACACCACGGCAUGAACGUACCCUUCAAGCGCCUGUCGGGUGUGUCUCCCCUCCAGUGGUCUUUGGAGAACACACGCUGCUGGUGACCGUGUCAGGACAGAGGGUGUUUGUGGUGAAGAGGCAGAACCGAGGCCGGGAGCCCAUUGACGUCUGAGCCUGCCAAGGGUGAGGGAAGAGGUGGAUUGGGUCCGUGAACCUCUGUGAUGAGGAAGAUGCAACCUCCUCUUUCUCGGCCUGAUGCCAGACCUAAGGCUCUCUGCUCACCCUCUCCCCCACACCCCAUCACCUGAAAGGGCAGAGGCUUGGAGACUCUGCGUUGUGUUAAGAAGAGGGAGGACAAGGGGGCCUCCCUCUCUCCUAAUAAACAUGUCUGCUGUCCCCAGA